CUCAAACUUUUCAUGAUAUUUAGAUCACCUUUAUAGUACUGGAAAUUAAUUUAAAUGUAAAAUGAUUCAGUCUAAUCCGAUGUAUAAGUAUGUAGCAUGUUGUAUUUGCCAAUCCAAAACAACCCGUGCUCACAGAUUACCAGCCUUGUCCACAAAUGAAGAAAAAUUACUUAGAUAUGCCAAAUGGGUAAAUUUUGCUGCAAUUGAAAAUGUUUAUAACAAAAGAAAAUAUUAUUGGAUUUGUGAAAUCCAUUUUGAAGACAGUGCAUUUUGUAACCACUUGAAGCUCAAGAUACUUCGGACUGCUGUUCCAACUUUAAAUCCCCCAAUAUAUGAAGGUCCUUCUACUAAAGAUGGGUUACCACCAGGUCCUGUAGAACCGAAGGAUGAAACACUUCUGAAAAUUUUCCAAGAAGUCGUCGAUAAACAGUGCAGGACUGAGCCAGUUGGACAGAAAAGGAGGUUUUAUAAUUUUGUUUCGACUUCACCUGAUGAAAUUGGUUCUGCAAAUAUUUCCAAAGAGAAGGAAAAUCAUUUGAGAACAAAUAUUCAGAGCAAUCAGCAAACCAGAGUAUUUCUAGAACGGAAUCCAAAGCAGACUUCAGUACAUAAUGUCAAAGAUGCUGUUAAAUUGACAUUCGUUAAAGAUGCUGCCUCGUCACCAAACAUAACCUUCAAAACACCAGCAAAAACAGCUAGCAGUCCUGAAAAGCCAGACUGCUUCGAGAAGGACAAUGGCGGGUCGACAAGUUCAUCUCUUAGUCAAAGGACGAGGCCUUUGAUUCUGAAGAAAUUACCAACAUGUUCAAAGACUCGUUCUUCAAUUAUCCAGUCAUCCUCGUUUGAUGUCUCAGAUUUAUUAAAAACUCUUUCAGAUACCGAUUCAUCUGUGCAUUUCUUGUCUGAUUCGGAAGAUAUUCCCUCUAAUACUGAAUCUUUACCAAAGCAAAUGAAAAUAGUUGAAAAAAUAUCUGCUAUUGACAAUAAGACACUAGCUGUCGAUGAUGACCCUAGGGAAAAUUUAAACUCUGCAAAAAAGUCUGAUGAUGUCAUAGUUAUAGCUGAUGAUCAUCUUUAUACUCAAGAUUUAAAUAUGUCAUCUAUAAAUGAAAAUAUUUGCAAAAUUACUAAUUCUGUAUCUUCUGAAGUAGAUGUAACAUCAAAUGAAAAUGGUGAACAAUUUGACAUCUUGUCGACUGCGAUUAACAAUUCAGAUAUUUUGUUUUCGGAGAUUCCUUGUAUGGAUGAUGAAGUUAUUUUAGUCGAGAAAGAGACAAAUAAUAAACAGAAUCAGCCGCUGAAAUAUGUUAAAAAACAACCAGUCAGUAAGAAGAAGUAUUACGAUCCAGUUUUGAUUGAUUCCGUUCUGAAUAAAAUGAAAUUGAAAAAAAGUGGUCCAGUUUGUGUUGUCACUCUUGAAAAGAAACCAGAUAGGUUGUUUAAAGGUUUUUCAAAAAGCAAGCUUGUUACUCUCUAUAAGCAACAGAUAAACAAAAACAGGAAAAAUAAAAAAGCAAAUCAGGGGAUUAAUAAGGGUAGUAAUGAUAUGACUAAAAAGGUUAGAAAAAGAAGGCGCUGUACAUGCUCCAUACACUGUCAUCGCAGAUUGAACAGUUCUAAAGUUUCAUCUCCAGUCAUUAAUGUAAAUUCUGGUGUCGGAGUGAAGUUUGAAGGAACUGCAGUAAACCCAAAUAUCGUGAACAUAGAUCCAGAUCUAGCUGAUGAAGAUUUGUUUAAUGUAGAAAAUGUUUUCAAUGUAUCGACAAUUUUGACAAAUGUUCACGAUAAAUCGCAAAUAGAACAGUUAUGUCAAAUGUUAAUAGAUAGCAUUUUCAGAUUGAAAAGUCUUAAUAUAGAAGGCACAAUGGGGAAAUUGCAAGUUUAUUUUGCUCAAGUGCCAGAAAGUGGAGCUAAUAGAACAAGUAGCGAUGACCUAACGCCGAAUUGUACAAUAACAGAAAAUAAUUUAAUUACCAACAAUUCAAGCCAGAACAUUGAAAUGAAUAAUGUUGUGGAAUCUAAUACUUUAAAUAGUCAAGAGGUUAUUUUAAAUAAUUUCCAGGAAAAAGAUUGCAGUCACAUACCUUCUUUUAUUAACUUAACUAAUGAAAAAGAUAUACCUUUGUAUAAUAUAACCUCUGUUACAACUGAGAGCGAGACAACAUAUCAAUCAGUUAAUGAUGUUGUUAAUGUCAGUAACCCUCAAACGAAGCCUAAAAACGUAAAAGUGAGACUGAGUACAUUCCAUGACCACAGUUACGUCAAACAAGAAUCCAAUUAUAUAUUCGAGAAACCCGAAUACUUGGUGAAACUGGUCAAUAUCGAAACUUACAGGUGUCCUCGGAAAAUAGCUAAACCGCCUCAGACGGGUAUACCCAAGAAAGAAGUCGAAAGGCAUAAAAAAGUCUGUCUUAAACUCAAUAACAGGAUAAUGCAUUUGAGAGAGCUUAUAAAGAAGAAAAAUAAAAAUAUGAAAUCCUUGCACAGGAAAAUAAAGUAUCUUGGAGGUAUUGUGUGUCAAGAAAAGGGAAUCAAACGUGUCAAAUAUCCAAAAGCUCCUGAAAAUCUACAAGAUAAAAGGAUAGAUUCUUUAAACACUAUUUCUGAAGAGCAGUUACAAAUGAACAGGAGAGAUGAGGCUAAAAUUUUAAUGGACAUGAACAUAGACCAGUUGAGGAUGGAUAACGUUGUAACCAUCAACUCUUUUGACUCGACGUCUUUUUUUCAAGAAAGUACCCAAGUAGUUAAACCGAAGAAAGUUCAUGCAACUAAAACCAAAAAAAAUACGAGUAUGGAAUCUUUUGACGUUUUGUACGAACAUUUAAUCGAGGAACUCUGCUGUAAUGAGAUGCAAUAUUAAUUGCUUCUUUAUAGCUAAUUGUUUAAUGAUUGUCAAGUAUGAAAAACACAUUAAUUUUAUACUAGAAGAAUAUUUAAAAGUUUUUAUCUUGUUAGUAAAUUAUAUUUUUAACUGGAGUUAUAUCUUAUAAGGCAAUUUUAUAAAUGCAUAUUGAAUAUAACUACAACACAUUCAUUGGAGAUAUGAAUCUUUUAAAAGUAAAAAUUUUGAUUUUUGUUGUACCACUGGAUACAGCCAUAAUGUAUGAGAUUAAUGUUACCAUUAUAGUGAAGCUGUGAUAUUGUUUGUAAAACUUGUAAAUUAUUUUGUAAAUAGUAUGUUAAUAAAUUAUGUAUUUUUAUAGAUAAUAUAUUUUUUUAUAAUUUCUUUGUAAUUAUAAAAAUUUAGUGAA